AAACGGGUGUUCCGCAGGAAUUUGUUGGCUCAAGCUCGGCGUGAUGCCUUCGAAUUCUUGGCAGGCCUACACCGCAUGGUGCAAGUCCUGCGGAGGUGAAGGGGACCUCUAUCGAGGAUAUUGCCCAAGUUGUUGGGAAAAGUGGGAGGCUGCCAAUGGUGCCAACCAUCGAUGGCGUAUCGAGAGGCCACCAUCGCAGACACCUUCACUGAUGGCACCCCUCUGCAAGACACUGUAGACUUGCUGCUGGCGAAUCCAUGGGUGAUCGAGAAGAUUCCCUACAUCAACGUCGUUGAUGACGGGGAUCGGCACAUCAGCAUGGACAACAGAAGGCUCUAUGCUUUUCGCAUGGCCUUUGACGACGACAACUACGAGGUGCCAAUCAAAAGAUUCGCAAGCAAAGAAGACUACGGAGCAGCUGACUUUCAUCGCAAAGCCACAUCCGUUUGUGGUGGGCAUUCAGUGGAACUGCGGCAUCAUCACACAGUUGUGGAAGAUGGGAUCAAGCACUAUCAGCGGAUCUUGUCCACAUUCCACUGCGAAGCAGUCGACCUGAAAGAUGUUCGAGCUAAGGAUGCGGUACGAAGCAGUUUUCAGCGGUGGCAAGCUGAAUCCAACUACUCAACAGUUGACAUUAGCUUUGACAAUGAGUGGUCAGAAUCAGGAGAGCUGCCGUUGCACCUGGGUGGGGAUGCCGAAGAAGUCGCUGAAGUGAAAGGUUUGGUGAUGGAUUUGGUGAAUGCCGUAGCCCGCUGCUGGGAAGCUCUACCCCUACCGCCUCACAUGGGAGGCUACUUCUCCAGAACGCUCUCCGGCAAGCUGCCCGGAAAGUUUGCAGUUGAGGAUGACAUCUUGCACAUCAGGGGAAAUGCAGCAGAGCGGGAAAAGAUGAAGAAAGCAUUGGAAGAUUUGCUGCCAACCGUUCUUUCAAAGCAGUUGCAGGUUGACGAUGGACGCCUUCGUUCUAUGAUCAUUGGAAAAGAAGGAGUCAACAUCAAUCGACUCCGCCAGAACACCUCUGUUGAUGUCCACGUCGGAAAAGAUCCGGAUACGACCGUGAGGAUUGCUGGACCCACUGCUGAUGUGGAGCUUGUCUACUCCAGGCUGAAGGCUUUCAUACAGGAGCAUCGCCAAAUCACCAAGGAGCUGCGACUUCUUCCCCACGCGGGGCGUUUCAUGUGGCGCCGGCUGAAGGCCAUUGGCUGCGAGGCCGAGGCGGGCGAUAAGAUCCCUCGCGAGGCAGAGAACCUCGUUGAAAUUCGUGGAAAUCAACGACAAGUUGACCAUGCCGAAGAGCUUCUCCAAGAAGCUCUUUACCUCGACUUUUCCUUGAUCAAGUUACGGAUCAGCAAGCGCCUGAAGAGUGACGUGCUUCUGGGCAAGAACGGUGUGCACAUCAAAGACAUCAAGGGCGAGCGAGAUGUGGAGAUUCAGUUUGAGGACUCCACAGAUGAGAGCUCCAUGCAAGACUGUGUCUUCUCUGGCCAGCCAGACGAUUGCAAAAGCGUCCUUGAUGAGAUUUUGAGGAGACUUGGCGGACGCUUGGCCUGCAGCUGGCCAUGA